CGACACGCAGAGUUUGUCUUACUUUUCAUCUCUCUCCCGUCCUACUAUUCUCUCUCCCUUUGAAGCCCACUGAAGUUGCAGAGCUGCCCACGCUGCAAAUGGCGAUGCCUUAAGCCCUAAGUUGCCCACCGCCUGUUCGCCCGGAUUCUUUCCCCCGAGAGAUGGAGUCGAGCAUCCUCGAAUCGAUCGGCGUCGAGAUCAUCGGCGUGAUGUCGCCGGUCUCCAUCUGCAUGCUCCUCGUGGUCCUCCUAGUCUACGCCCUCUCCCCCUCAAACCCCUUCUCCACUCCCUCCUCCGCCCCGAUCCGCACAGCCGCCAACCUCGUCUACCUCGAGAACCCCUCCGACUCCGCCACCCAGAAACUCGAGGGCGCCCUCCUCAAUGCCCUCGUCUUCGUCAUCCUCAUCGCUGUCGUCACCUUCGUGCUGGUUGCCCUCUACUACUUCAAGUUCACCAAUUUCCUCAAGAACUACACCCGCUUCUCAGCCUUCUUCGUGCUCGGCACCAUGGGGGGUUCGAUCUUCCUCUCCGUCAUUCAGCAUUUCUCUAUUCCCGUCGACUCCAUCACCUGCUUCCUGCUGUUGUUCAAUUUCACCGUUGUCGGGGUCCUCUCCGUCUUUUCUGGUGGGAUUCCGAUUCUCCUGAGGCAGUUUUAUAUGGUUUGUCUCGGGAUAAUUGUCGCCGCUUGGUUUACCAAAUUGCCUGAGUGGACUACUUGGGUUUUGCUUGUGGCGCUGGCUGUGUAUGACCUGGUCGCUGUCUUGGCUCCCGGCGGGCCCCUAAAGAUACUCGUUGAGUUGGCUUCGAGCAGGGACGAGGAGCUCCCGGCCCUUGUCUACGAGGCCCGCCCUGUCGCUCCGCAAGGUAGUGAUAAUCGCAGGUCGAACAUGGGCCCCUUGGUUGCUGGAUUUUCUGAUUCAGGAUCAGUUGAGCUGCAAUCGGUUUCUGGAAACAAUGCUCAGAACAAUGUCAUUGAUGGUGGUAGAGGGAAUUCGAGGAAUGAUGAGGGUGGAAGUCUCAGAUAUGAAGGGGAGGAAACGUCUCCAUUGGUGGGUAACGUAAGGCAAAGGCACUCUUCCAGCAGUGACUCAUCGGAGUAUUCAGUGGUGAAUGUCAAUACUCCCAAUAGAGUUGGGCAGUUGGGAAAUAGGGAGUUGGAGAUCGAGGAGAUGUCCCCAUUGGUUGAAGUUCCAGAAGUGGGGAAUCAAAGAGAGCAAACUAGGGGGGAUGAUAAUAGUGACGACGAUUCAAGCUCGAACAGAGGUAUUAGGCUCGGUCUCGGAGAUUUCAUCUUUUACAGUGUUCUCGUGGGCAGAGCGGCAAUGUAUGAUUUGAUGACUGUGUAUGCUUGUUACCUAGCGAUUGUUUCGGGACUUGGGUGCACCCUUAUUCUGUUGUCUGUGUGCCGCCGAGCUCUGCCUGCCCUUCCCAUUUCUAUCGCGCUAGGCAUCAUGUUUUACUUCCUGACCCGGUUAUUAAUGGAACCUUUCGUUGUUGGUGUUUCAACAAAUUUAAUGAUGUUUUGACCCGCCAGAUGAGACAUUACACUAUAUUCUGGGGCCUUCUGGGUUUUGAUGUACACAGUCAGGGGAUUAUUGCGUUAAUCACCUCUGAUGUAACUUCUAGCAAGAUCCAGGUUCAUGUAGUGCUGCAACUUCAGGAGUAUCUGGUAAUGGAUUAAAUACAAUGCAACUGGCAUUUUCCUUACCA